AUGAUUGCUGCUAAGGAUUUAGCCCAAAUGCUUGUAUUUGGAACAAUAGAUGAAGGUAUCAACUUUUCACUCUCUCUACUAAACAAAUUAUAGUCUAAGACCUCUUUUCUUUUCCCAGAGAAGAGAGAUACUAAUGCCAAUUUGCUGAGAUAAUUUUCUCUUCAAUGGAUUAUUCAUAAUGUACCUUUGAAGGAUGGCAUUUAAAUGAGCUAUGAAGAAUUUAGAAGUGCAAUAAAAAGAUUUAGCCGUUAUUAUAAUGAAAAUUCUCUAGAAUAACAAUUAAAAGAUUUUUAUGAUACAGCAGUAAAUGUUUGGUAAAAAUUUAAAUAACCACCCUCAACUGAAGAAAUAAAGCAUGCUUUGCUUGAAAUUGCAGCAAAAACUUUAGACAAAGAUCUUCAAAAAAAAGAUAUUCUUAAAAGUGAUGUAGGCUUUGGUGAAGGUUUAUUUAAGAUAGCGAAAGAAUUAUAUGAAGAAAAGAAAUAAAUGAGCGAAAAUUCUUUAAUAAAAAAUGUAUUUGAAAGCUUUGAAGGAAUAUUAGAAAAAGAAAAGCAUUAUGUUGAAGUUUGCAAAGAUUAUUAUAGUUUCUUAAAAGAUUUUAUCAACGUACACUUUCCUACAAAAUAGGACAAAAAGAAUGAGCGCUUUUAUAAAAAAGUAUACAAAUUUACAAUUGAAAACUAUUUGAAACUAGUAAGUUUUCCUCUCUAUACAUUGGAAGACGUUAUAGAUCUUUUCCUUUCAGAUUCAACUUAAAAUAUAGUGGCAAAUAAUUUCCGUGAAAAAAGAAAUCAAGUUUAGAAUAACUAAGUGCAACAACUCCAAUUAUAAAUCCAAAUACUAGGUAUAAAGGGCUUUUUAAUAUGGAAAAGAUUUUAUAACUCUUAUAAGGUUUAUAGAGGCUUUUCUUUAUAAGAGAGGGUGUAGUUGCUGGGUCUUUAUGGGUUGCUUAAUGAAGUCAAGCUUUUAAUUCCUAUUUUUAAUCAAGAUUCAAUAAGAAUCAAGAAAAUCAAAGAAUUUUAUGAAGUAAAAGUGAAAAAAACAUUAAUUCAACAUUACAAAUAGGUCAUUUAUUAUCAUGGAAUAAUUAAAAAAGAAUGGGUCAUUUUUAAAAUAAAAACUCUUAACUAAAUAAAAGACUUGAUAAAAUCUUUACAAAUAAAAGUAGAACAAGUAAAUCAUAGAGCCAAUAAGCUUUAUUAAGAAGCACUUGAUUAUGUACAAAAUAAGAGGAGAUAAAUCUUACUAUAAAAUUAUGAAGAAACCAAAACAUAAGAAAAUAGAUAUUAUGAAUAGGAAAUAUAAGACGAUAGACUAGUAAUAGAUAAUGAAGAUUAAAUCGAUUAAGGGGUAGCAAGUCCUGUAGUGAAUGAAAACUCUAGCAACGAUAACUCAUACAAUGAAGAGGAAGAAAAAAAUAAUGAUAACCAUUAACAAGUAGAAUCUUGUGUGAUGGAAAAAGUAGCUGAAAGUGCAUAAGAAUUAGAAGGAUCUUAUGAAGAUAGCUAAAUAAAGAGUGGAAAUCAAAGCUAAAUUAAAAAAAACGACUCUGUUGAUCUCUUUAAUUAGAAUUAAUAACAAGUAAUUUCAAGCGAAGAAGAUAAUCCUGCUGUUACUGUAAGUAGUUUUGAUUACACUUCUUAAAAUUAAAAUCCUAUUAGAUCUAAAAACCCUUUAAACAGUAAAAGAAUGAAUAAUGAAGGAGAGCAGGAAGAUGAAGAGAUAGAAGAAGAAGAAGAAAAACACCAAAAUUCAGACGAAAAACGCUAAACUGAACACAAGUUUUACUCUAUUUCUAAUAAAUAAAAUAAAGGAGUAGAAGAAGAAAGUGAUGAGUGUUCUGCUGUAGAGCAUGCAACUCCUGUCUAAUGA